AGCAGCCAUUUUGGUUAUGGGAAUGCAUUGGAAUAAUAUUCUUUUUCCUGCAAUAAAAUCAUCUAUAGAGGAGGGGAGCUGAGAAGUCUUGAAAUCGUGUGUUACACAAUACCAGCAAAUGCUUAAAAAUCAGUCUGACGAUUGGUGCUUCUGAACUAAAUCUGGGGAGAAAGAAGGAAAUAAUCUGUAACACGAAGGAACAAUUCAUUUAUCACGGAACACAGGCUGUGUUGUGUGUGGUAGCGGAGCGUUUGGCUGUAAUGUUACCUUAACAGUAUGUCUGUUGUCUACGAGUGCUGACCAAGUAGGAGGGUGUAGCCCUUGCUCUGACACUUUUUAUGUACAUUGCUGCUUUAUUUGGACAGACUCCACUAGAGAAGCAGGUGUGUGAUUUAUCUGGGCUCCACACAGACUGCAGCCUCUCUGGUUCACAUGCUGCACACACUCGGGCUGCCGCGCUUGGGACAUCAGCUGUGGAGAUCCUCGAAUUAAACCUGGUCCGGCUGGUGGUCUGUCGCUCCUUCUGCAUCAAGAAUUAAACUGAAUUUUCCAGUAUAAAGAAGCAGCUCGGCUUGUCAUCAUGAAUACAGGCAAUGAAGCACAGGCAUCAGAUUCAGAUGUCUGGAGAUCUUACAACAUUAAUGAUGGCUUCAGAAGCACAGUAAAUGGUGAAACGUACAGUUCGUCACUGGCGGCAAAAGGUUUCCGCAGCGUCAGGCCAAACCUUUCAUUUCCCGAGAGGAAGACACCUCCACAUCAGGUUCCUUCUCCACCACCCCGAAAGGGAAGCUUUAACUGGCGUCAACUAACAAGUCUUGACAGUCACCAUGUAGAACCUAGUCCAUCCCUCCAUUUACCUAGCCUGCAAAUAACCUCUAAUUUUACCCAUGUGAGUAAUAAGGAAGAGUACACAUGGAGUUCAUCACCUCUGUCUCAACACUCUAAUACAAUUUCCCCUCUUGCACAGCAGUCACAGCAGUCACCCUCUCCCCAGACCCUAACUGACAAAGUAGCUGAGAGCCCCUCUGCUGACACUUCACUGCUGGAAAGCCAAGAACAAUCCCUGGACCGUAAAAUCACUGCUAUCAAACUAACCUUGGAGGAUCAGGUUGCUAAUUCCCACAGUGCAGCACAGUCACCCAAGGCUAACAUCGAUGCAACAACCUCACCACAUUCACUUUUUCCUGGAGAUAGGACAGAGUCUGAGAGACACACAGCCUCUCUUUCCAUUCAGAUUACUCCAACAAGUGCGCAUGCUACAGAACCUGGACUCCCAACUGUAUCUGCUGCAAUCAAUGCAAGGAAUCAAUCAAAGGACAUGUUACAAGAGUCUAAUGCUUCAUCUUGUACACGCUCCUCAGGGCAUCGUCUGAUGACAGUCAAUGGGAAUUCUGCUGCUGACAGAAGCAGUCCUAUGAGUUAUUUGCAAAGACCUUUCUCCCCGUCAUCAGCCUACACUUCAUUAUCUUCAGUAAAUCCAAGCAUUGGUGUAAUGCAGCACAGCAGAACAAUGGAAAACCUAAGUAUAUCUCAGCAAAGCAAGUCACCUGGUGCAGAUAUAAUGAGCAUGGAGCCAGUUUAUAGAACAUCAGAGGAGGAAAAGAAAGUAACUGUAAUUAAGGCACCUCAUUAUGCAGGAAUUGGCCCAGUUGAUGAAUCUGGAAUACCUAUAGCCAUAAGAACGACAGUGGACCGACCCAAAGAUUGGUACAAGACAAUGUUCAAGCAAAUACAUAUGGUGCACAAGCCAGAUGAUGAUACAGAUGCAUUCAAUGCCACAUAUGCAUAUGUUUAUCCUGAUCAUUACAGCUCAUUCACCUCUGUUCAGGCACAUCCUCCACCCAAGACACACACUUACAGACCUUUAACAAAGAGCGUCUCGGACAACGGUGUCGAAUUCUACAAGGAGUCUGCUCCUUUAGUGCCACCGCCACCUGUUCCCCCACCUUCACAACCAAGAUUUCGAGAAGCAGGUUUCGCUGAAAAGAAUGACUGGGAUCCUCCUGAUAGGAAAGUUGAUACACGCAAAUACCGUGCUGAACCUAGAAGCAUUUUUGAAUAUGAACCUGGAAAGUCUUCUAUCCUGGAGCAUGAGCGACCGAGUGGGCGAAUAAACCCAGAUGAAAUAGAUUUAGAAAACGAGCCUUGGUAUAAAUUCUUUUCAGAGCUGGAGUUUGGAUGCCCGCCUCCUAAAAAGCUCUUGGAUUAUCUGCCAGAAAGUUCUCCCCAUAUUUCGCCUGAAAGCAUGAAGAUUUCGUUUUACAAUCCAGCAUUAGAAAAGACAUUGGACAGAUCAUACAGUGGCACAAAUUCAGCAAGUGACUACAGAAAGAGACGGAAGUCUGAGCCUUCAGUGAACCAUCAAAGAGCACAGAGUGAUCACACUAUGCAGAAGCACAGCAUUGAUCUCCAUGGAAUACCCAGGAGGUCUUUAAUCAAUUCUUCACCAUCUUCACCAUCAAGAGUUAAAGAUCAGGAACCCCAUAGGACUGUCUCUGAAAUGGGCCGAACAGCACUAAAAGAUCGCAGAGGACCGAUGCUUGAACCCCACAGGAAACCAGAAGAAAAGGAGCGACAGCCUGCUAAAGCGAUUUAUGACUUUAAGGCUCAAACAGCAAAAGAAUUACCAUUCAAGAAAGGGAGUAUUGUCUACAUUAUUAGACAAAUAGAUCAGAAUUGGUUCGAAGGUGAACAACAUGGAACAGUUGGCAUAUUUCCCAUUUCAUAUGUUGAGAAGCUGCCUGUGACAGAAAAGGCACAGCCAAUAAGACCACCGCCACCAGCAGAGGCCAGGGAGUUUGGGGAAGCAAUUGCGAAGUAUAAUUUUAAUGCAGACACUAAUGUGGAACUGUCACUGAAAAAGGGUGAAAGAGUCAUCCUUGUUAGACGGGUUGAUCAGAACUGGUAUGAAGGAAGGAUCCCUGGAACAAACCGACAAGGUAUCUUCCCGAUUACUUAUGUGGACGUACUCAAAAAAGUUCCAGCUAAGAAUACUGCAGAAUACCCCAGUCAUUCUCUGCCUCUGAGCUUUCCCAGCGAUAAGACCCAACUCUUGGGAUCUACAAAGUUGUCUUCUUAUCAAAGGCUCAAUACAACAUCCCCUAUUUCUGGACAUCAUCGCUCACCUUGUUUAAGUAGAUCUCCAAUGCAGGCUAUUACCAAUGAACGGAUAUCAUCGACUGUUGGGCUCUCUUCUGUCAGCUCCCCAGCCCCUGUGCAACCUCAUUUUCCUAAUAACCUUUCGGAUUUAGAUGCUCCUACUUUGGCAGUUACCUCCGCCUAUCGUGACACAAUCCUGCCUACAAACACUACUUCCUGUGAAAAAUUGAGUCAUUUCUUUCCAGUCACUUCAUCAAAGAACCUUCCCAGUUCAUCUGAAGGUCUGCAUUCUCCAUUGUGCCCAACCUUGUCUAACACUGUCCACCAGUCGCCCAUUUCUUUGUUUCACAUUCUACCACAUCGAUAUGACAGCAAUAAAGUGCAGGUAAUAGACAGACCUCAGGAGGCCCCUGAGAAAUCUGAAGCUACUUUCCCAAUCAAUGCCAAGAAAAUGGAUGACACGGAGGUUUCUUUGGUCACAAUGGAACCAGUGGAAAGCUGUAUUCUAAAGAAUUCUGCACAAAACAGUGAUGAACAAUGGAAGGUGCUCCGUGGGGAAUUGCAGUCAGUCAACCAAGAACACAAGUCAAAAUCUGAAGGAAUUAAGCAAAUGUGUUUUCAUGGACAUGAUUGUGAUGUACCCAAGGACCUGAGAGAACUCUUCAUAAAGGAAGAUCCUAGUGAGGUCUACAUGACACGUGAGGCAAAUAAAGUGAAACCUGCUAAGUCUGAUGAAAUGCAGAAGGCAGAAGUUAUUGAUACUGAGACUGUAACAUCUGGAUCUGAGCAAACUGUUGCUUCUCCUCCCUCACAUAUGCCUGCAGCAUUUUCAUCCCCACUGCCAGCGAGCUCCCUCUCUGUAGUUUCACCUCCACAGCUCCCUCAGAGACCCACAUCCUGCACCACAUCAUCUUCCAGCCAGAAAACUAGGUCUCCAAACUUGAAGACUGGACUGAGGACUGAUGGAGCUAUAGUCGGUAAGCCUCCUCGCAGCCCAGUGAUGUCUAAACGAUCCUGUGACUCAUCUGUCAGGAGUAGCUUUUCAUCGUCUCGUAGGCCUCAACCACCACCCCUUUCUCAUGCAGAAUCACAGAUUGGAGAACCAUACCAAGCAAUGUACAGCUACAACCCACGAAAUGAAGAUGAACUGGAGCUUAAGGAAGGAGAUAUUGUUGAAGUAAUGGAGAAGUGCGAUGAUGGAUGGUUUGUUGGAACUUCUCGGCGAUCCAAGUUCUUUGGUACCUUUCCAGGAAACUAUGUGAAGCGACUAUAAAAUUUUACACCCAUUUGUAUUCACUUGCUUUGAGUUUAGCACAGUAACUUCUGCAGGUUUCAUUAAAGGAAGUUCCAAUCUGUAGACACUCAAAGAUAACCUUUGUGGCAGUUGUGUGAUUGACUACAGCUAACCUCAGGCUUUGCACCAAUUGGCACUAUCUUCUGCCAAGUAACGAGGACAUUAUUAAAACGAAUUCUGACCGUGUUGCCUGGAGGCCACUCUGCAUUCCCUUUAGGAUGUUUCAAGAGCAAUUGUUUUUAAUUAUUAUAACAGUGCACUUACUUUUUCCCAAUGUAUGCAAAUAUAGUGAAUGCUUAUUUAUUCUUCUUGGAACAGGAGCACACAGUGGCCGAUCACUAACAUUUACUAAUGACGAUUUUGUCACAGAGUAGAAUAAAUUCAUAAUACAUUCAGCAUGUCUUUGACCAGUAACUGUUACAGGUAUGAUGAUUUGUCACUUCAAAAUCAGUGGUGAAGAUAUGUAUUUACUCUUUCCCCACUGGUUCACAAUUUGUUUUGCUGCUAUAUAAUAGAACCCAUAGCACCAAGUAUUGAGUAGAUUGUUUGGAAAUCUAUGUGUUUCUUUUCAUUUCCACACACUGUCUGUUUUCAAAUGGUGACUUAGGAUUAGUACAAAUAGGGUCUGCAAAAUAGAAUAUUGAGAUGGUUCAGUAGUUUAAGGCAAGUCAUAUUCAGGCCACUAAGCUUGAAUUUGUGAUAUUUAACAUUGUGGAAUGGAAACAUUUGAUUUGUAUAUGACUGCAGGUUGGAAGUUGAUGGUGGCUUAAAGCUACAGAGGUGUGAGUCAAGGUGUUUUGUCAGUAUAUAUUCCAAUCAUCUUUGAGAGGUCUUCAAUAGAACAAAUGCACAGAUUUAAAUUCAAUUCUUUGAAACCCAUAUAGUAUUAUUCAUAGUUGCAUUCAACCAAAUACAUUUAUUGAUAGAAAUCAUCUCUUCUUUGCUUUCCUAUUGUUUUCCAAAGUUCCUGGAAGAACUUCCAAUGUUUUAGUAACAGUGUAGCCUCCUGAUAAAUAUGCCAGUUCUGGAUUAAAGAUUUAGAAUGUUAAUCUGAGCUGCUCUGUUUGACUAAAUUGAAAAGGUUUUUGAUUAAGAAUUUGAGCAUUGUGUUCCCUGAAGUAAAAUGGCACACCAAUUGUCAUGUUGGGUAAGGACGUACACAAGAUGAAGGAAUUUUUAGCGCUGCAGCACCUUAGUCAAAACAAGUGUGAGAGUUUUAAUUUCUUUCAUAAAUGCUUGAGUGUACUACAGAGGGUGUAGUCUUUAGCAUUUUGUGUAUAUGUGUAUAUACAAGUCUGCUUUAUCUUGUACAGAUGUUUUAGUUGUUGAGUUUUGAAACAAAACAACAAAUCACUACUUUUCAGAAACUUUUAUAAGUCUCUGCCUUUUCUCUUGCCCCUUUUUACUAACAGUCUCUCCCAUGCCAAUUGCAAGCACAUUUAGAUGGUGCAAGUGUGUACGAUAGUAUUUUAUUGCAUAAUUUUGCAAACUGUAUUUCAAACAUAGUGUUACCAGCAAAAAAAACUAACUGUGUAUAUAUAUAUCUUUGUAGAGAUUAAUGGGGGAUGAAAACAAAUGUUUGGAUUGAUUUAACAAAGCUGUUUUAUUACACCAAAAUUGAAGGCAGGAGCUAUAAUUCUGAGGCUUCAAAUUUUAAACCUGGUCAACCGCUUACAGCAUUGCUGUGAAAUCAAUAUCUUUCCUCUUUUAUGAUGAAAAUUACUAUAUUCGUUGCCUGUAUAACAAAACUCUUUCUAUUCUCUGUAAUUGAUUUUAGAAGAGUUCUUUCGUAAGUGAACAUCAAUUGAUUCAUUUUGAUGCAGUGCUAUUCUUUACGGAGGAAGUAAUUUACCUUUUUGUGUUUUUUGUGAAUUACAAUUCCAAAUAAAUUUUUGCCUGAACUGAA